AUGAGUUUUACUCACACCGGAAUCACUGAGCAGGUGCUCACCUACAAGGCGCCAGACCCGCAACCCGCCCACUUCGAGCCUCCCAAAGAUCGGGCCUUCUUCGCUGAUCCGGAGAAGAAAGCUCUCCUCUCUGCGGCCAAAGAGAUUCGACAUCUGACUCCGUACAUCGGAACUGAGCUUGUUGGUGUGCAACUCAGCCAGCUCACCGAUGCCCAGAAGGACGAGCUUGCCCUGCUCGUGUCUGAGCGCGGCGUGGUGUUCUUCCGGGACCAGGAUCUUGAGCUUGAGCAGCAACACACGUUGACUAAACACUAUGGCAUUCAAGACCGAGACCCCAAUCAGCAGGACCCUAGGCAUGUCACAAUUCUCGGACACAACCACGACAUCCGCCAAUAUGGCGAUAAUGGGGGUGAAUUCCACUCUGACCAUUCGCACGAGCUCAACCCGCCAGCAUACACGAUGCUACGAAUGGUCAGAACUCCACCAACCGGUGGUGACACCAUCUUCACCAGUCAGACUGCGCUAUAUGAUAAACUGAGCCCUACUUACAAACACCUGUUUGAUGGCCUUACUGCCGUCCACAGCUCGGAGGCUCAGUAUAUCAACUCGUUGAACCGUGGGUAUCAGCCAUUCCGCGCUCCCCACCGAGUGACACAUCCAUUGGUCCGCACUCACCCCGUCACCAAAGUGAAGUCCCUCUUCUACAAUCCGUCCUUCGUCAUUCACUUCCCCGAGCUCAAGGGCCAGGAAAGCGUACAUCUGCUCCACUUCCUGCGCGACCAUCUCCAUUCGGCUGAUGACCUUACCGUUCGAUGGAAGUGGACUCCCGGCAGCGUCGCCUUCUGGGACAACAGAGUUGUCGCCCAUAGAGCCGUUCCCGGCGGCUAUGACCCGUCUCUCAGAGAGGGGAAGCGCACUGCUAUCUUUGGCGAAAAGCCAUUCUUGGACCCUGAGGGGCUGUCUUUGAGCGAGGCUAUCGACGCACCUAACGGCGAUAUUGCUAAUGCCCAGAUUCACCAGAGCGUGAAGCUUCACUUCAGUAACUUGAAGCUGGCUUAG